CAAAUGCUGAUUGAAAAUAAUUUGACGGGAUGCAUGAUACACCCUACUUUAGAUAUUUUGUACACAUUAAUUGACAAAAUCGUUUCACUCAUCAAAACUUGUCUGUAAAUAUUGACGUAUAUGAUGUCUACCUCAUCACUUGCAGGCAUGGCAGGAGAACUGCAAGGUCUCAUAUCAUAUAUUGUGGAGGCUUUGAAACGGUGGUUUUAUUUCGUUAAAUUUGGAAGUGAAAUGGCUGCUACAAGAAGUAUUGAGAGCUAUGUGUCUGACAUCUGCAAAUAUAUUGAUGAAUUGGACUACAGGAAUUUGAGCGACGUUUACGAAACCCUGCACAAAAUGAGGGCUAGUUUAAAGGAUAAACAUUACCUAAACUACUGGAAAGUGCUUCAAUGUAUCGGAGAGGUAGCUGCCAACAAACUGAUCUACAUGGUGGUCAAGAGUCCACAAGCCUGUUGUAGAGAGCAUCGGGUAUCCCACCUUCUGCACGUGAUUGGAUUUUUCAGUGAGUGCUUGACAACAGUGGCCUUCAUUAAGAGAAUUAAUACCUACAAGAUCGAUCUUCUCCCAGUCAUUUUCUCAGCUUUAGAACAAAGAGAAUACCCAGAACUUGUUAGGAAGGGUUUUGUUGUGUUGUAUAGAAUGAUCAUUGUGGGAAAAUCAACACUAGUGGCUCCGUACCUGAAGCAUGGAAUCAUCAGGCAUAUAUUUCAGCAAAUCAAGUGUCGACAGGGAGCUUUUGGGAUUUAUUGUCUUGAAGCCGUUUCCUACUGUGCCAAAAUUCUAGCAGCUUUACUGCAACUUGGUGACAAAGAGGCAAGGAAGUCUAUUCUGAAGUCCAAUGUAAUAAACGAACUGAAUGUGUAUGUGGUGAAACUGAAGAAAUCAAAGAUAGAUUUGGAAGGAGUAAAAGACGUCUUGCAAUUCCACGACCGUGUAAGAAUCCUCACAAGCGGCUUCUAUAGCCAAUUGAAACCUGAGGAAUGGAUUCCUAAAGAUAAACUCAUGGAAGAGCUUGAUCAGUUUUUGGAAGUUUUCAUCUUCUGUUCUUCGCCUGCGUGUCGGAAGCUGGAGACACAGAAUGAGAAGUUUUUGUACUGCGGCCAGUGUAAGUUGUCGAGGUACUGUUCUCCCCAUUGCCAGAAACAACAUUGGAAACAGGGCCACAAGGUAAUGUGUUUACGUGAUCAUGGACCUAACUUGUAAUGACUGCCGACCAAUCAGAACAAGUGAUCCAGAAGCAACACUGGAAACAGGACCACAAGGUAAUGUGUUUACGUGAUCAUGAACCUGACUUGUAAUAACUGCUGACAAAUCAGAAUAAGUGAUCAAUAGACUUGGAAUGGAAUAUGGAAAUGUGAAACAACCCAAGAUUGAAGAACUUGCUAAAGUAUGCAGAAUUACUCUUUUGAUAACUGACCAGUCUCAAGUUUAGAAGGAGUGGAGGCAGAGAUGAUUUGAUUUGUUUGUAUUGCAUACUCAAGCAGAUGAGUUAAUAUUGGCAUUGCAAUGAAAAAAGGAUGUGGAGGAUAUUUUGCAUGAUUAAAAGAACUUACUGGUAUUGCAUAAGCAUGAUAAGUAAACAGUAUUAUGAAUGGUCAAAAAUGUGUUCAUCAAUGAUCCUUACAUUUGCUUUCACGUUUGUAAACAUAAGUUUCUUUAUGAACUGUAGUGCUUGAAAUUUAGUGGUAGUUAUAGAUUUAAGAUUAGAUUAUCAAAUUUUAGUGCUAGAUUUUUAGUUGUAGUUUUAGACUUUUUAAGAUUUUGAAAGUUUUAAAAAGAUAAUGUAUAUUUCUCUUUUUGCUUGCCUUAAUCAGAAAUUAAAAAUUAAAAAUAUAUCUUUAUGCGAUUUGUAUUAGUUAUUAUAUUUUAAAAAUUACACUGUCUUUAAAAGUGUUUAAAACCAAGUUCUGGUUUGUGGCCGGGAAUCCAAGUUUUAUUUUACCAAUUUCUUAUGUCAACAGAGUUUGUCAAAAAUGCAUGUAAAUAAUCAAAUAUAUAUAUAUUUCAAAAUUAUCAAAAAAACAGCUGUUCAAAUUUCCAUGAAGUAGUUUAAAAGAUAAUUAUGAUACCUGUGAUACCAUCAUCAGGGUUUGCAAAAUAAAUGAUGAGUAACUUU